CAUGAAUUCAACUGGUUAAAAUUUUAAUUAGCAGUUAGUUAUCCUCUGCGGGAAAUUAGACAGAAAGGGGAGAAAAGGGAAAAAGAAAAAACAUAGCCGCCGGAAGAAAACAGAUGGAGAACGCGCCGGCGAUUCUGAGAGAGUGGUUCGACCGAGUUGACUCGGAGAAAGCCGGGAGCAUCACUGCAACUCAGCUCAAGAGUGCUUUGGCGGUUGGCAACCUGGAAUUCCCUAUUUCUGUGGUUCAACAAAUGAUCAGGAUGUACGAUUUUGAUGGGAAUGGGACUAUGAGCUUUGAUGAAUUCGUUGCACUGAACAAGUUCCUCAUAAAGGUUCAACACGCCUUCUCAGACCUAGAGAGGAAUCGUGGGUACCUUGUUGCUGAUGAUGUAUACGAGGGAUUAGUAAAAGUUGGUUUCUCCCUCGACUCACCGUCUUUCUACACAGUGUGUGAGAGCUUUGAUAAGAAGAAGGAUGGAAAAUUCCGUCUGGACGACUUCAUUUCUCUCUGUAUCUUUGUACAGUCAGCUCGGAACCUUUUCAAUUCCUUCGAUACAGCUAAGCAAGGCAGAAUUAGUCUUGAUCUCAACCAGUUCAUCUACUGCACUGCCAAUUGUAGAAUAUGAAGGAGUUUACAUCAACUAUUGCUCCUUCCUCAACCAGUGAACACUUUGAGCUUGAUUCUUUACCCCACUUAUCUCUCUUGUGUAGUUUCUUUCCUGGGAAUUUGGUUAUGCUAAGCUCCAUUCAUGAGCAUUCUUGUUGAUGUAAUGUGUAAGCGAGCUUCUCACGAUAUCCUACUUCACGAAACAAGAUGAAAAAAUUGAUUUCAUGAAGUUGUCUUCCCUCAACCAUGAUGAACCAAAUGGACAUCUGAGAAGAACUAUACCUUACCAAAUGAGAUUCGUAUAAGAAACUAGGCUAAUGUCUGAAAUUUUCACAUCUCUCGUCGCAAAAGGCAUCAAUAUAAGCAAGGGUCUAAUGGUGGACAAUGGUUCACAAGCACUUGAUUGUAAGAUCAAGCUAUACUAUUUGAAUGUGUUUGUAAUUCAAUAUCGAUUCGUACUUUUCUCUCUCUUUAAGUGCUUCCCUAGAUGUGUUCUCUCUCAAGGGUCCUCUUUCUUAUGAAAAAAAGAUACAGGCACUAAUCAAUAAAGUUAGCAGAGUUGAGGGACUUGUAAGUAAAUUUCUUCAGAGAGUAAAAUAAAGAAAAUAGAGUUCCGAGG